AUGACGGCCUCGAAGGAUAUCUCUCAGCUCCACGGCUCCAUAGUCGCUUUGAUCACCCCCAUGAAGGCGGAGUCUCCGCACGCCGUGGAUGUUGAGGCCCUGAAAAAGCUGGUGGACUGGCACGUCGCGGAGGGUACAGAUGCGAUCGUUGCCAUGGGGACGACAGGAGAAUCUCCAACGCUGACGUGUGAAGAAUGGGCAACAGUGGUGAGCACUGUCGUUAGCGCAGCAGCAGGCCGCGUGCCUGUGAUAGCGGGAACAGGCACGAACUGCACAGCGACCGCAGUCGAGAAAACAAAGAAGGCGCAGCAACUAGGUGCAGACGCAGCCCUCGUCGUGACGCCGUACUACAACAAGCCUACGCAAGAAGGGUUGUUCCAGCACUACUGCGCCGUUGCGGCGGCCGUCCCCGGUUUCCCCAUCAUUACGUACAAUGUGCCUGGCCGCACGUCGUGCGAUUUGCUGCCUGAGACCAUCGCGCGGAUUGUGAAGGAAGCGCACAACGUUAUCGGCAACAAGGAGGCGUCUGGGAAAUUCGAAAGAUUCGAGGCCCAGCGGAAACUGCUUGGAUCGUCCUUCAAAAUACUGAGCGGCGAAGACUGUCAGAGCUGUGAUGCCAUGCUGGCUGGCGCGUGCGACGGCGUCAUCAGUGUCACCUCAAACGUCGUGCCGCGCCAGAUGCACCAAAUGUGUGAGUUCGCGCUCAAGCGAGAUCGCGCAGCCGCCAAGCAAGUCGACGACAAGCUCAUGGGGCUGCACAACAACCUUUUCUGCGAACCCAACCCCACAGCUGCGAAAUGGCUCCUCGCCGAGAUGGGGAAGAUUGGACGCGGCAUCCGCCUUCCGUUGCUUCCCCUCUCUGAGGCGCACCACGAGAAACUGAGGAAUGCCUUGAAAGAGGCUGAAAGCGCCGGAGUGUCAUGCUAG